AUGGAAGAGUUCGUGUUUCAGAAACGAGUUCGCCUAUUCAAAUGGAAUGUUAAAUCUCCAAGCCAUGAGCACCAUGUUCUUCAAGGACAAGUCCUGUUCUUGAUCAAGAGUCGCUUCGUUUCCGCUCCUGCAACUUCAAAUGUCAGAUUCUCCCACCCAAUUUCCUACAGUUUCCAAUUCAACCCUGAAUGCUUGUCUUCUACAAACAAUGUGCAAAAACUGGCUUAUGAAGCCGUGUUGAGUACCCAACAGUUUCAUGAACAGAGGAAUAUUGCAGCAUUGGCCAACACCAUAUCGGAAUACCUUGUCAAGAACUACAAUUUCGGGGUUGACACAUUCUCUAAACCUAACGCACCCAAAGUUCUGAUUGUUGUUGAAGUGAACAAAACCUGGGUUUUGAAGGGUUUUCAAGAUUAUGGCAUUGGUGAAAUUGAAAGGGAUCAGUUCAAUGGUGAAACUGAUGAUUAUGAAACUACUGAUGAAGAAAAUAUCCUGCUGAGAAUGAGAAAUUUGCUACGGGUACCAGUGUUUUCUGUGUUGGAGCCAAGCGAUAUCUCUGAACCCUUGGGGUUGACACAAGUACCAGGACUGGAUCUGUUCGAACUAUGUGAUGUUGGUGCUUUGGCGGCUGAUCAGGGCACAUGUGCUAUCUGCUUGGAAGGGUUAUCCAUGGAUUCCUGUAGGAAGACGCCCUGCUCCCAUGUUUUUCAUGGGGGUUGCAUUGCCCAGUGGCUGUGGAGGAAAAGAUCCUGCCCCAUGUGCCGAUCUCAACUAGCUUAA